AUCCUUCCUCAAACUUGCUGGGAGCAAGCAACAAUGUCACCGCUUAGCCUUUUAGUCCUCGUCCUCUUGUCAAACUUCUGGGCCGCUGCCACUGCUGUGCGCAGCUCGACACUGCACCUGGCACGCUCUCACUCUGUGUCGCCCGACGUCGGGGCACCAAUCACAACUUGGGCGGCCUCUCUCGCUGCCCAGUCGGCAGCCGACGCAGCACGCGUGACCAUGCUCGCCGCGGGGCCUGCUCAUGCCAAGAAAGGCCACUCGUUCGUGCCGAUCGCGCCGGGCUGGCAGAUCCUCAACAUCCCCAACUACGUCGCCCGCGCGCGCCUUGGCACGCCGGCGCAGACGCUCCUCGUCGCCAUCGACCCCAGCAACGACGCCGCGUGGGUGCCAUGCAGCGCCUGCACGGGUUGUGCCUCGGGGCCGUCCUUCUCCCCGACGCAAUCAGCCACGUACCUCCCGGUGAGCUGCGGCUCGCCGCAGUGCUCGCAGGUGCCCAGCCCUUCGUGCCCCGGCGGGGCGGGCUCGUCGUGCGCUUUUAACCUUACGUACGCGGCGUCCACGUUCCAAGCGUUGCUCGGACAGGACUCCCUUGCCCUCGAGAACGACGCCAUCGCGUCGUACACUUUUGGGUGCCUCCAUGUUAUCACGGGCACCUCCCUGCCGCCGCAGGGGCUCAUCGGCUUCGGCCGCGGGCCCCUAUCCUUCUUGUCACAGACCAAGGACGUGUACGGCUCCGUCUUCUCCUACUGCCUUCCAAACUACAAGUCCUCCAACUUCUCGGGCACUCUCAAGCUAGGUCCCAUUGGGCAACCUAAGAAGAUCAAGACGACGCCAUUGCUUUACAACCCUCGACGCCCCUCCCUCUACUACGUCAACAUGGUCGGCAUCCGUGUUGGCGGCAAGCCCGUGCCGGUGCCGGCAUCAGCUCUUGCGUUCGACCUGGUGAGUGGCAGUGGGACCAUCAUUGACGCCGGGACAAUGUUCACGCGGCUGUCUGCCCCGGUGUACACCGCCGUGCGCGACGCGUUCCGGCGCAGGGUGCGGGCGCCGGUGGCGGGGCCGCUCGGCGGGUUCGACACGUGCUACAACGUCACGAUCACGGUGCCGACCAUCACGUUCGCGUUCGCCGGACCGGUCACCGUGACGCUGCCCGAAGAGAACGUGAUGAUCCACAGCUCGUCGGGAGGCAUCGCGUGCCUGGCGAUGGCGGCGGGGCCGCCGGACGGCGUGAACGCGGCGCUCAACGUGCUGGCCAGCAUGCAGCAGCAGAACCACCGCGUGCUGUUCGACGUCGCCAACUCCCGCGUCGGAUUCUCGCGCGAACUCUGCACGGCCUGAAUCGACGGAACGCGUGAAUAUCUGAUGUGUGCUAAAGUGUUUGGUUGUCGUGCACCGUCACCGUGUGUUUGCAGAUGCUUGGUUCAUUGCAUGGAACGUUGUUAGUGUAACGUGGUUAUCGACCUGAUGAAGCAUAAAAUCGGUUCU